UUAACAUCACUUAAUGUAUCAAGUUGGCCUCUCACAGCCACAAGCUGUGUUGCAAAUGCUGAGCUGACUUGCUGGCAUCAGCACUCCAGCAUGCCUCCAUGCCAAGGCUAUGGCACACAUCAAGAAGGAGACAUGGGACCCCAGAGUGGUGGUUCCUACAUCCCUUUCUGACUUCCCCUCCGUCAUGUGGAAUCUAAAGAAAAAUGGGCUUUAUUUAUUACCAGCCCCCUCAGAAUGCAGCAGGGGCCUGUUGUAGGGUAGGUGCCCAAUAUAUAUUUGUUGAAAUGUGGCUUCAGGAAUAAAUGAACAGACAGGAGACCUUGGAAGGCCCCUUUCCAUCAAACAGCAACAUUGUUUGGAAUUCCUCCAUUCAAGCCCCUCUGUUGGGUUAAAGUUUUCUGUUAAUACAGAGAAUGUACUAUUAGCACAGCAGGAUAGGAGCCCCUGUGGUAAUCAGGGAAGGUAAACAGGGGAUACAUGUUAGGCCAGGGUCAGAGAGGGCCCUUCCUCUCUGGGUAUGUGGACACCAGCCAAGAUGCCAACCAAGGAGCAUCCAGCCAAGUGCUGCACUAAGGGUAUUUCCUCAAAAACACGUUACCUACUCUAGGAAGAGCUAUUAAAUGGUCCUUCCCCAACAGGAAAGAGGUCAGAAUAUCCAAACAGGAGGAGAUCAGACUCCCCAGAGUGGCUUUGCCAAACCCCUCUGGAAAUCCCAGCACCCACUUCGGGUUAGACACUCACUUCCCCAGUGAAGAAUCACUAAAUACUGAGGGAUGUCAUGAUGGGCUUGUGUUACACAUGUAAACAGCACAGAGGCAGCCCAGCAGGUUGACAAUCACUGUGGUAAACCAUUAGCACCCUCUCACCCAGCCAGUCUCAACCUUCAUUGUGCACCAGAAUCAUCGGGGUGCUGGUUAAGAUGCAUCCUCACUGUGCAUACACAUUCUGAGUGGGUGUGAGGUGGGGCCUGUAGUCGGCAUUGUUGAUAGACAUCCUGUGCUGGGGGCAGUGACUCAUGCUUGUAAUCCCAGCACUUUGAAAAGCCAGGGCAGGAAUACCAUUUCAACCCAGGAGUUUGAGACCAGCCUGGGUAACAACCCCAUCUCUACAAAAAUUUAAAAAAUCAGCUGGGCAUGGUGGUGCAUGCUUGUGGUCCCAGAUACUUGGGAGGCUGAGUUGGGAAGAUAACUUUAGCCUCAGAUGUCGAGGCUGCAGCGAGCUGUGAUCACACCACUGCACUCCAGCUUCGGUGACAAACUGACUAGACAUGCUAUCGCUACAGAUGCUGGGUCCAUUUUUUAAAGAACCCACUUUAUCUCAUUUGACAGGAGCCUUUGAGUGGAUUUGUAGGGAGUUGGGAGAAAGCUCAGAAGCUUGUUGGGAAAUGCAGGGGGCAGAGAGGCAAGGGCUUGGGGCUCCUGAGGGCUGUGCCCAAGGGCAGACUCCAUCCACUUAACUUUGCCAAGGGCUGGUCCAGCUGCCCAUCCCAGCAUGGGGAAUGGAAGGCAACAUGACUGAUGAGGCUUUGGACAUGUCCAACUGCUUAGAGAUGCCCACACAUGCCAGCCAGCACCCCGCCUUGGUAGGUACAUCCAUUUCUCACCUGGUCCUGGCGGCAGACAGGGAACAGCUGUCCACAUUUCACUGGUGAGAAAUCGAGGCGAGUGCAGAGUGCAAUGAAGGUUUGCACCAGGAAGGUGGCGCAGGGGCAGCAGAACCACAAUUCCCUGAGUGCCAUGUACACACUGGGCACUGUGUGCCCAUCCUGGCCUCUAACUCACACAAGGUUGUUCUUCUCCCCCAUUGCAGAUGCGACCCAGGGCCUACGUUAAGCCACUUGCCCAGUCAGGCAGUUGAGAGGAGGCACGCCUGACUGCUGACCCUAAGCGUGCCUACUGCUUGACCUAUGCUCUUUCUAAAAAGUGAACGUCUGCCCAGAUAACACCACUUCUGUCCCUUGGGGAGUCCCCACCCAUGUCAGCUGGACUUAGAGCUGGGCAAAUUCAGACCUAGCAUGGAUUUCAACUCUGCUACCUGCCAAGGGCUGGCCCCCACAUGCCACAUGUUUCUCCAGUGGGCACACUGGGGUUUCCUGGCUCCAUGCUUAGAUGCUGGGUCCUCCACCUGACUUCUUCCAAACCCUCCCCACAAGCCAGGUCCUGCAGAGCCAAGAGCCAUGAGCUCAUUCUCCAAAACCCAGACCCACAGGAUAAGGGCCAGCUCUCAGUGAACACAGGCACAGGGCCUUGAUGUUAAAAGGCACAGGCUUGGUGGUCAGGAUGUCCAGGUCUCAUCCCUACGCUACCUCUUCCUAGUCACUUGACCUCGAAAGCCUCAGUCUCCCCAUCAGUAAGACAAUGACAGCACCCUCUAGCUCCCUAGUAAUGAUAAAAUGAUGGUUCAGCGUCUGUAUUUUAAUACCUGUAUCAUUAUAUAAUCAUUUUGUGAUGCAGCCACCUCUGGCACAGAAAAAGUGCCUAUUUAAGGAUUAAUCUAAGCAUUCCCGGAAAUGAGAACCCCUCUGCACCAGGCUGCCCUUCCAGGCUCUUCUGUCCCUUCCCUCCCCUCUGCACCAGGCUGCCCUUCCAGGCUCUUCUUGUCCCUUCCCUUGGCCUUUGGCUCUUGGAAGGCUGAAUUUUUCUCCCACCAGGACCUCAGACUACAGGCUGGUUCAUUUCCACUGUAACCCCUGAGGCUGUUGGCCUCCUACCUCCUCCUCUUCCUCCUCUUCUUUGUUCUUCCUUCCCCUCCUCAGUUUGAGCUUCCCCUGUUCAAGAAGCCUCAGGAUGAGCUUUGGGCACAAGGUUUUACCUGCGUUUCCAACUCUGCUCUGAGCCCCUGAGCUCUGUAGAAGAGAGGAGAAAAGGGAGAAGGGAGGGAAAGUGGAAGGACCAGAAAGUCAGGACACUGGGCUCUCACCGCAGCUCUGCCACCAGCUAGCAGUCACCUGGGCACAUCCUUGUGCCUGAGUGCUAAUUUCCUCACCUGUGAAGUGGGAACAGCAGGCCCUGCCUAUAUCCUGGGGUGGUUAAGGGAUCAAUGAGAUGACAGCUGUGAAUGUUCUUGGCAAGUGCAACAUACGCCAUGUGUUCCUCCAGUGUUUUCAAAGGCCGGUAGUGCUGCCGCCACCCAGUUCAGAAUUCAGCAUGAGACAUGAAUUUCUCAUCACUUCUCACCAUGAGUCUGGUCUUUCCAAAAGAAGGGAGAAGGGAAAGCCAACUGAGAAGCUCUUACCUGUCAAGUUCUGUGCUGGAUGGGGUCUUGCCACAAUGCUGUGCAUUUGGAAAUACCUUCACUUCAUAGAUGGGGAAACUGAGGCUCAAAGAGCUCAAAUAGCCUGCCAGAAAUGUGCAGCUGGAAGCAGGGCAAGGCUUUGCAACUGUUUCCUCUGGUCUCCAUCCCUCUGCAGGGGUUACAGUGGGGGAACAAGAGAGGCUUGGAGCCCCUCAUUCAGACUCAACAAAGGUCCCCUGCUAAGAAGCUAAGCGUCUCAUGGUCAGUGGAAACCAGAGGGUAAACAGAAUUCCAUCUGUGUCCAGGGCUUUCUGGGGACACCUGUCCACGAACAGCCAUUCCCACCAGGGCUCUGGUCCUGGAAAGCCGGACAGCGGGGCUGGGCCCUGUGGAAUUUGUUUAGUGAUCUGACCAUGUGAGAGACCCAGAGUAAGGGUCGGGGUGGGGAUGCCGCCCAGCCUCUGUCUCACUUACGGCCCAGGCCCUGCCCUCACCCUUUCUGACCAGACCCUGUCCAGGUUCUCAGCCACCCUGCCCUGGUGGGUCCUUCAAGCCACUCACUGAGCAAGUGAGGGGCUGACUGGAGGUUAGAGUGCUGUGUUAGAGUAUGAGACCUGAGAAUAUGUGUGCACAGACUGUGCCGCGGUGUCCAUGUACAGUUGGGCAUGUCCAUGCCCGUGUGUAGGCGGCCUGUCCCUACCCACUAGGAGCUCACCCCGAGUCCUGCUAGAUAGAUGCAGGAGGACAGAGGGAGUUGUGCCCAGGGUCCCCGAUCACUUCUAUGGCCGCAUGUUUGUGUGUGUUGGGGGCUCAGGGGUGCCCUUGAUCACCCGUGUGUGUGUUCUGCAAGGUGUGAGCCCGUGGGCGUUGGGGUGCGCUGUGCCGCAGCACCCUUGACCAACUCUGUGUGCCCACGCACGCGUGUGUGUGUCCACGGGUUCGAACGAGCGGAGGCCUCCACCGCGUCUCUAUACCGGCACACCUGCGUGCGUCCCGGGGUCCCCGACUGUCCCGCGAGCGUGCGAGAGGAAGGCGCUCGGCGGCCCUGCCUGGCCGCGAGUGUGAGCGCGCGGGGUCCCGGGCUGGGGUGCGCGCGGUGUGAGUGCGGGUGCGGGAGACUGUGGCGCCGUGCGGCUCCCUCCGCCCCCUCCGCUCCGCGCCGCCCGCCGGCGCGCUCACCCUGCUUGGCUGCCGCCGGGUGACGCGGGCUGGGCCCGCCCCCUGCCUGCCGGCCUCCCGCACUCACUCGCGCCGGCCGCGGAGCCGGCAGCAGCAGCGUCAGGGCCGUCCGGGGGCGCGGCCGGCGAUGCCCACAGCCCCCGCCGUGCCCUUCCGGGCCUGCUGAGCCGCCCCCGGGCCGAGGUCGCGCCGGGCCGGGGCCGCGCCCGAGCGGGGCGGCGCUGCCUGCAUGACCCUCCGGCGGCGCGGGGAGAAGGCGACCAUCAGCAUCCAGGAGCAUAUGGCCAUCGACGUGUGCCCCGGCCCCAUCCGCCCCAUCAAGCAGAUCUCCGAUUACUUCCCCCGCUUCCCGCGGGGCCUCCCCCAGGACGCCGCGCUCCGCACCCCGGCGCCCCCGGACGCCCCUGCACGCCCGGCAGCGGCCAGCGCCAGCUCCCGCAGUCCCUCAGACGGCGCCCGCGACGACGACGAGGAUGUGGACCAGCUCUUCGGCGCCUACGGCUCCAGCCCCGGCCCCAGCCCGGGUCCCAGCCCCGCGUGCCCGCCUGCCAAGCCACCAGAGGACGAGCCCGACGCCGACGGCUACGAGUCAGACGAUUGCACUGCCCUGGGCACCCUGGACUUCAGUCUGCUGUAUGACCAGGAGAGCAAUGCCCUCCACUGCACCAUCACCAAGGCCAAGGUGCCAAAAUUGAUGUUCUCUCGCAAGGGCCUGAAGCCGAUGGACCACAAUGGGCUGGCAGACCCCUACGUCAAGCUGCACCUGCUGCCCGGAGCCAGUAAGGCAAAUAAGCUCAGAACAAAGACUCUCCAUAACACUCUGAACCCCACGUGGAACGAGACCCUCACUUACUACGGGAUCACAGAUGAAGACAUGAUCCGCAAGACUCUGCGGAUCUCCGUGUGCGAUGAGGACAAAUUCCGGCACAAUGAGUUCAUCGGGGAGACGCGAGUGCCUCUGAAGAAGCUGAAACCCAACCACACCAAGACAUUUAGCAUCUGCCUGGAGAAGCAGCUGCCGGUGGACAAGACCGAAGACAAGUCCCUGGAGGAGCGGGGCCGUAUCCUCAUCUCCCUCAAGUACAGCUCACAGAAGCAGGGCCUGCUGGUGGGCAUCGUGCGGUGCGCACACCUGGCUGCCAUGGACGCCAAUGGCUACUCGGACCCCUACGUGAAAACAUACUUGAGGCCAGAUGUGGACAAGAAAUCCAAACAUAAGACAGCAGUAAAGAAAAAAACCCUGAACCCGGAGUUCAAUGAGCAGGAGUUCUGCUAUGAGAUUAAGCAUGGGGACCUGGCCAAGAAGUCCCUGGAGGUCACCGUGUGGGAUUACGACAUUGGGAGAUCCAACGAUUUCAUUGGUGGCGUGGUUCUGGGCAUUAAUGCCAAGGGGGAGCGUCUGAAGCACUGGUUCGACUGCCUGAAGAACAAGGACAAGCGCAUUGAGCGCUGGCACACACUCACCAGCGAGCUCCCGGGGGCUGUGCUCAGCGACUGAUGCCUGCCCACCACCACCAGCCCCGUGCCACCUGCGCCCAGCACGGCCAGCCCCAGGCUUCCCCAGCAGCCACCACAGCCUGUGGCUCCCACGUCGGGGUAGAUCUAGGACCCCUGUUGGAUGCAGAGCCACCGCAGUCCCCGUGUGUAGGACUUGGAGGGCUCAGCCACUCUGGGAUGGGGAGGGCAGGGAGCUGGGGUGGGGCUCUCAGCCCUCUGGUGCCCAAGAGGCCAGUGGUGGAAGGAGACCUCAGCAUGUGUCCAGGGGAAGGGGACAGGGCCACCUGGGGCAAGGGCCCUUCUAGAGGCCAGCCCAGGCUGAGAGGACAUGAGUGCGGGUCAUGCUGAGGGGCAAUGGGAACGGAGGAGGGAGGUGGUGAGGAGGCAGGCAGGUGGAGGAUGAGACCUUGAAGAUCGGCUGCUCCCAGAUGUAGCCCAAGAAAGACUGACUGCAUCCCUCAUCUCUGUCACCUGCUGGGCAGGUGGAAGAAGCGGGCCUGCAAGCCAGAAGUCUGCCAGAGUUCCCCGAGGCUCCUGAUGAGGGGCAGACUGGUACAUGCUUCACUCAGUGAUUCCACAAGCACUGGGGGUAAAUGAGACAUAGGGCCUGCCCUCAGGGAGUUCCCAUCAGGGAACUGGGAACAAACCAUUCCAACUGUGGCAAGAAAUACCAAGACCAGCCUGGCUAGUCUGCAAGUACCUUGGGCUCUGUUUACUGCUGAGAGGUCAGGGAAAAGCAGUCCCAGUAUUUGUGUGGUCACAAAGGCUUGGAGGAGAGAGAAAGCUGAUGGGAUCAGGGAGCUGCAGACCCAGGGCCUCCUCACUGGGCCAGGGUUUGUUAGGAAGGCGUGAGGCUCGAGGCAGGAGGUGGGGGAAGUGACGGAAGCACCAUGGAGACGUUGGUGCAGGGUCAACGUCAGACUUCAGACGCAAGUCUCCCACUUCGAUCUCUUUCUCCUCCUGACGGACCUCAAGGACAGCCCACCCCCUCCUCUUUCCCUGCAUAAGCAUCAAGUCAACUGCAGUGGAGAAGAGGGUCCCUUUUGCUUGGAAAAAGCAAGAAUUUCUCCACGUCCUCACUCUGCCCUUUACCCUCCUCUCUGCUUCCUGGCUCACACUGAGUACUGGGAGCCUCCAGGUGGUUGCUCAUGGCAUCUUGGCCCUACCACGGCCACAGAUGUCCCUUUGGGAGUAGCUGGUGGCAGUCCAGGGCCUUGUCUCUGGGAGGCCUGUGGGGCCAGGUCUCCCCUUGCAGGAGCUGAGCAAGAGUCACCCUGCUUGGUGGGCCUGUCCACUCCCCUGAGUUAGGCUCUCCAAGAAGGGCUUGAGAGGAUCUGAAUCUUGGGGCUCAGGGCUGAAGCCAGCAAACUUUGCCUGCCUACUAAGGGGACCUCAGGAAUGCUGGGUGAACAGAUGCAGAGCCAAAGAGUUGCACAGCUGGAGUUCCAGUGUGUGAUGGAGACAGAGGACCAGAGAGGGCAGGUGACCUGCCCAGGGCUCUCCAGCCCCUACACAGCUGGAACCAGGAUCCAGGGCCCCCAGCCCAGAGUGCCGGACACCACACUUGAGGGGUACUGGCAUCUGAGGUCACCCGAGAGAUCCUGCUGGCUGCUAGCCUGGGGCUCACCUGCCUGCUGCCCGCCCUUCAGCACUGGUAACGGGUCUCACAGGCACGAGGAUGGGAACUUCCACUGCAGACAAAAAGCACACCACCGCCCAAGUUCCAGGGUCAUGAUUUGAAUUACACCAAGUGCCCAUCAGCCCUGUCCCAGGUUGCAGAGGAAACAGGACUCCAGCCCCCACACAUUCCCUGGCCACCUGCUGCUCAUGGAGCCUUAUUUCCCUAUCUUUAGGAAGGCUUUUGUAUGUGGCAGAACUCAUCUUCACAGCCCUGCAAGCUGGGUUUGACUCUGCCCCAUCUUGUAGGUGAAAACAGGUUCCCAGAGUCUGAGCAGUUUGUCAAGGCCAAACAACCAGGAAGGGGUGAGCCAGGACUCAAACCCAAGUCCUCUGACUGCCACUUUCUCUCUCUGGGGAUCAGUACCCCCAGUUCCUUCCCUCCUGGUCUGUCAGAGACUCAGCAGAGACCCCAGGUGGAGACUCAGUGAGCUCUGGUGCACGAUAGGGACCUGGGGUCUUGUCACUGUCCUGCCACCUUGUCUGCUGGCUUUGAAACCAUCCAUGCUACUUCAGGCUCCCCCAGAGGUGCCUAACCCAGUCCCAGAAUUCAGCCACCCUACCCCAGCCUCUGCAGGUUGAGGCAAAGGCUCCUCUUUUCUCCAUGCAGCCAGAAUGGAGACCCUUUGGGGACCUAAGGUAAGAGGCGGUCCAUAUCUAAAAGGCCUGGUGUCUAGCUAAGCUCUGGGUAUCUUCUUAGCUUUGCUUUUUGAGCGGGGGUGGGGGGUGGGGGAGGUGGGGGGUGGUGGGGGGGUGGGUCUCAUGCAAAGCUCUGGCUAUCUUCUUUGCCUUUUGGGGGGAGGUCUCAUUCAGAGAGGAGACUUGACAGCCUGUUUGAAGACACGGAAGUGAUGAACGGCAAAGGUAGAAGAGGCUGUGUUAUGGCUGUGUUAAGAGCCACCUGGUUAUGGCUUCCUUAAUUCAGCGCGUGGGCGGAAGGGCCCUGUAGGGGUACAGCUGGGACAAGAACCCGGAACUCCAGGCCCCUAGUGCAGGCCCUGUCCUGACCAGGCUGUGCAAAUGGGGCUGGACCCGAAAGGUGGGGACAGUCAGGCUGGGAGGUGGGGCUCAUUGGCCACCCAGCCCAGGGGCAGCGCGGCCACUCCGGCAGGAACCCCCCGCCAGGAAGUUUGGAAAUCGUCCUUACCUAGGAUCCCUGCUUGGUUCUAGAUCCCAUGCAGAUUCUCUCUCUCAAAGUGCGUUGACUCCAAACGGGCAUUUUUCCUCGGGUACAUCAGCCCCACAAAGACAGGAAAUUGAUGCCAAAACAAAAGUCAUUCCAAAGUCAGGUGUCAGUAAUGAGGCGCCGCGUUCAACCCUGCCCCGCCCGCCGCCAGCAGUAGGCAAUUCCAACGGGCCUGUCUUCCAGCCCUGAAGCGGUCACCUCCUGACCUCUAGUGGCCAGCGAGGGAACUGCGCCCGUCAGCACUAGCCAGUCCCCAACGGGCCCGACAUCCAGCCCCUAAGCAGUCACCUACCGGCCUCUAAUAGCGAGUGAGGGAACUGCGCCCCGCCCGCCGAGCCCAGGCCGUGCAUGCCCUGCCCAUGGUUCGUUCCUUCGCCAAGCAAGCGAACCUCCCGAUGCAUGGACUGUGGCUGUCGCCGACGCAGACUUUCGUGCGCUGCUUAACACUGUUUUGCUACCAUGUGAAGGCUGCAGACACUGUCCUCAAACUACAGCCCCACAACACAAGUUUUGUACUUUGGUCUGACCCACCCAAAGGUGUCCUUUUAAAGUCUUAUUUGUUAAUAUUUAUAACGACAUAUAAUCCAAAGUAAACAGAAACGUCACAUUGCAA